AUGGAAACUAAUUCGGAACCACAUUUAUAUACUCUAACAGGGUCUACUACCCUAGAGGAUAAUAAUUCGUCACAUUUACGUGUUGAAACAAUCUUUUAUUCACCUUUAAUUCCUGAUUAUCCUUCUACAAGCUUAUCUGGAAUUGCUUAUAUUAUUCCAACAAAUUCACUUCAACAAGAGGAUAUAAUCCAACCUUGGAAUACAAUUCAAUACUGUUCAGCCCGCAAGAUACCUGGAAAGAAGUGGACAAAUUUACUUCAAAAAGAAGCUGAAUUAAAUUCAGUUAAAAAUAAGGCUAUUACGUGGGCACAUGCCCAGUUAAAGGCCUUUUCCCAUCCAAAUCAACGAGGUUGUAAUCCUCGAAGAGAUACUUGUCGGUUAAUAUUAUAUAUAACUGAUUUAAGUCGAAUAUCACACACAGCAGAAAAGCAUGCUAUUUUUAAUAAUGAGGCUCUUAAUGAGGAAGAUUCUUGUUAUGCUAUACACUCAACAAGACGGAAAAAGAAAACUUGUGAUAUGAAUCACUUACAACGCCAAGGAAGACUACAACCAGGUAAAACUACCUCAAUUAUCCCUUUUCUAGCGAACCCACAUUUAGCCUAUUAUAAUCAACCAGAGUCAUCAAGAUAUAUCCAAUAUUUUGAGGAUAAUGGUGAAGAUUAUUUAGCUAUUUGUUUCUUUCAAGAACAAGCUAAAUUAUUUCAAGAUCAAAAGGUUAUAACCUUUCAAAUGGAUGCAAAUUAUAAGCAUCGAUUUGGACAACAACAUGUGGAAUUAAUCUGGGCUUAUUACUCAGAUAAUGCAAAUAAAAGUAUUACACUUUUACGCGCCUAUUAUAAUAACGAGGGUGCAAAUACUAUUGAAUUUAUAUUCAAAAAAGUACAUGAAAUCUUCUACCAACGAUAUAACUUCACUUUAAAGUGGAAUUAUUUACAUGGUGAAGGUUUAAUUGGAGUUACAAUGGACCAGGCAUGGGAUGGUAUUAAAGGAUUUGGUCCGUAUCUUACGAGGGCUAAUGUUUCAUCAACGUCAAGAUCGCUUCACCAACAAUCAUAUGUGUGGACUGGACGUUUUUUACCACUACUUAACUGUAUUGAGAGUUCGAAAAUACUUGAUCGAGUUAUUAUGCAAGCUUUAGCUGCAGCAUCAGGGUAUAAUUUAACCCUAUCAUAUACCGAUAAUAGCUUUCAUUCAAGGGUUCAAAGACAGGUUAAAAGAACAAAUAUAAGCCGGGAUACUCGGUUUAGACAGCGUUCUAAUACUCCUCUACGAGAUAAUUCUCGAGUUCGAUCUAGACACUUUUACAACGUGCAACCUCCUCAGGAACACUUCCAAAUCAACAACAAAGAAGACCUCAGCUUACUAGUCUUUCCUCUGAUGUAG